AAAAUGACAUUGAAUCUACGGCAUUCAAUUGACGGAAGUUGUGUUCAGUUAUUCAACUUUAAAUCAAUAUGGAGAUUAUGUACCACCCUGGCUGUAUUAUGUUUAGUUUUUCCAUUACACACAGAAGCAGCUGGUGGCUUAGAUGAUGAAGACGGGCCCUAUCAGGGCAAAUAUUUAGGCAAAAUAAAUUCUUAUCAUCACCAGGUAUCCGGUGAUGUCUAUGCUGUGAAUGAGUUUACCUUCCUGUUUGUGGGUUUCAACUAUGAUGGCAAUGGUGCUGAUACAUUUUUCUGGGCGGGUACCUCAAAUAGGCCGGGACCACAAGGUUUUAUUGUGCCCGAUGAAUAUGGAAAAACAAAUAUCCUCGAUCGUUAUCACAAUAAAGACUUCACGUUGCAGUUACCGGAUCGUAAGAAAAUUACCGAAGUCAAAUGGUUGGCUGUUUAUGAUUUGAAUAAUCAAAAUAAUUUCGGUGAUGUUUAUAUUCCUGAUGAAUUUGAACCACCACAGCCCCAGAUAGGAGGUACUUUCUCCAAACGUAGUCAUAAUGUUAGUAGUGGUGCUAUUGAAAUCUUAGAUUCCAAGACAAUACGUAUACCGGAUUUCACCUAUGAUGGCAAGGGCAAGAGAACUUUCUUCUGGACUGGGGUCGGAGCACAGCCAUCCAGUCGGGGUGGUAAAAUACCCGAUGAAAUGGGAUAUUUGGACCCCAUUCGUGAAUACAAAAAGGAGACCAUAACCCUAGAACUGCCCGGAGAUAAGACCAUUUUCGACAUUGAUUGGAUUAGUAUCUACGAUUUGGCAGAUAAUGAAAAUUAUGGCCAUGUCUUGAUUGCCGAUAAUUUAAAUGUUCCUCCGUCUUUGGUGAAAAUUACACCCUAUGAAUUUGCCCUACCCAAUUGUCGCCAACUGCAUAAAAAUUUACAAGUUUCAUGGGAAGUCUUUGGGCCUCAGAUAACCUUCCAAUUAUCUGGCCAAGUGGAAAAAGAUGAUUACAUGUCAUUUGGUUUAUCGGGCUCGGAUACAUCGUCACAGAUGAUUGGUGGUGAUGUCGUGGUGGCCUAUAUCGAUGAUAUUCGUGGUUAUUCUGUGGAUUAUAAUAUCACAUCACUGGCGCCCUGUGUCCAGGUAUUGGGUCAGAACAAAGGUGUCUGUCGUGAUGAUGUUGUCGGUGGGUUGGAUAGUUUUCAAUUGAAUACCUACAGCCGUAAGGAUGGUAUUAAUACCAUUACCUUUAGAAGAACUCUAAUAUCGUCUGAUCCCGGUGACAAAGAGAUCCGUUUGGAUCGCAGCAAUUAUGUUAUUUGGGCCUUGGGUCAAUUGGACACAAAUUAUGAACCGGCCUUCCAUACCUAUUAUCCGAAAAGUGAUGUUCUAAUUGAUUUUAAUACCACGGAGCCGGUUAAUGAUUGUUUCAGUUUUACCAAACAUGUUGAUAAUCCCAUCCAGACAUGGGAAAGGGUUAAAAUUUUGGAUCCAACUGUUCGUACAUUCAAUGCCUAUUUGGGUCCAUCGGGUGGCCAAAAAGCAUACCAGGGAUGGACGGGACACGUUUCCAGUGGCCUGGCUUGGUACAUAAAUGGUUAUAUGAUCCCUGAGCUAUUUAUGAAACGUGGUCUCACCUAUGUUUUCAAGGUUCGUGGUGGCAAUAAUCCUCAUUCGCCGGACAACUAUCAUCCGCUGGUAAUAACCGAUGAACCACGUGGUGGCUAUGAUCGUCUCAGCGAUGCUAAACAGAGUGAAAUUCGUGUCUUGGCUGGUGUCGAAUUUACACGACGUGGUCGACCCAAACCCACAGCUGCCGGUCCUCUUUGCAUAUCUCGCUAUCCACCCGGUUAUGAUCGUCGUUUGGAUGAUAAUUUCCCAAGUUUUAAGAAAUUCAAUCGUUCUCUUAUCACCGAUUGUCCACCCGAGGAGCCAGCCUAUUUGGAAAUUACUCCGAAUAUAACAUGGCCGGAUGUAGUGUAUUACAAUAGUUUUACUCACGCCAAUAUGGGUUGGAAAAUCAAUAUUAUCGAUAGUUAUAGUAAUGUCAGGAAUGCAGGAAAAUCGUUGCAUACCAUAGUUGGUGAAACUUAUUUGAAGAUUAACAAAAUUGUGUGUGAAACACAUCCCGAUGUUAUACACAAUCACACGUGUGCCCUGAAGCCAAUAAAUCGCUAUAAAACUCUUAUCUCAAUGGAGUGUUGGACCAAGGUGGAAAUAAAAAAUUCUUCGCCUGAAUCGGAAGAAAAGAAAUUUGAAAGGGUUAGCGAGAACGUUAUUAAAUUCCUAACAAGUAUGCAUUCAAACUAUAAUUUUUCAAGAAAAGAUGUUACUUUUAUUUAUGGUAAUGUCAUUGAUGCAGUCGUUAACCCGUUUUUGGAAGUAAUAAAUGCCUUUGCAAAAGACUUAGAUAAUAAUUUGUCCACAAAAUUAUCAAUAUUACUAUCAAAAUAUUCUGCAAUUUUAUGCUGGAAACGAAUAUUCUGCAAUUUUAUGCUGGAAAACGAAUCACCUACGGCGUCAAAAAAGGCUAAAAUUACUUUUGUACCUGAGGAGAAUGGAGAGGAUUUGGUGCAAGUUCUUAAAUAUGACAAGCUUUCAGCUGAAGAGUUUGAAACAAAGUGGAUUUCUUGUGCCAACUAUAGACUUAAUCAAGUACUUAACGAAUGCAGUAGCCUACGAGAGAUUCUUAAAAAGUGGCCUGAAUAUAAAUCACAUUAUAAGUUGAUUGAUAUUGACUUCUCAAUAAUGCAUAAAUCGCACAACAAAAUGCUCAACUGGGACCAAAAAAUCCUAAAGUUGUUUAACUUUUUGAAAAAAUCUAAGCAACUUAAAUGUCAUGGCGAGUCAAAAAUGUUAGAAACUCUCCAGGACGAAGAUUUGGAAAAGGAUCGAGGCACAUUUGCAGUGAAAACCCUGUGGAUUUUACAUUAUGUUCUUUUCCCGACUGGGCGGCAAGUUCGAAAAACAAUUCUCGGAAAGAAAGAAAUAUCUCGCUAUACAAUAAAGGACUCCCAGAAGACGUUUUUGUUUUUGGGAAAGACUUUGCAAGAAUUACACGACCAUAUUGAUUUUUUGUUAAAGAUGAAAGAACAUAUUCAGCCUUUUAUAUUGGGAAUCGGAAGUCUGGACGAUAUACAUGAAAUUUUUGUUUAUUUUGAUGGUGACCUCAUACGGUUUCCUAAUUUUCUUCGCUCUUUGGAUAUUUGUUUUAAAAUGUUCCAUUUAUUUAAUUUACAAUAUCCCACAGCAUCUGAAACAUUUUGGAUCUUUUUGGAAAACUACUUUUUUGAAAUAAGUUCAUGCUCAAAGAAAAAGUCAAAGGUAAGCAUCCUCUUGGAUGAUUUAGAGAAACAAUCUGAGUAAUUGGUUUCAAUUUAAUAAGUUAUAAAUUCUCAGAUAUUUAAAACACUAAAUUAAAUAAUA